AUGACCAGCUUCCUAGCUGCCCCCUGCCUGCUGACUCUGCUGCUGACACCAUUCACCCUGGGUGCCCCAAUCUCUCUGACUGACCCCAUCAACCAAGCUUAUAACCUGGCCCUUUACAUGCAGAAGAACACAUCGGUGCUGCUACAGACCUACCUCCAGUACCAAGGCAGCCCCUUCAGCGACCCAGGCUUCUCAGCCCCUGAGCUCCAGCUGAGCAACCUACCCCCUGCAGCUGUCCCCUUCAUGUUGUGGCGCGGCCUGGGAGACGGUGAGAGACUGCUCCAGGCCCGAGGUGCUUUCUCGGCCCUGGCCCAGCAUCUGCAGCUUGUGAGCGAUGACCAGGCUGACCUGAACCCUGGCAGUUCUGUGCUGCUCUCUCAGCUGGCAGCUGCAAGGCUCCGGGCCCAGGGCCUGAUGGGCAAUAUGGUUUCUGUCAUGGCUGCCCUGGGGGUGUCCAUUCCUCCUGAAUUGGAUUCUCUUGGCCCUGCACCCUUUGGAGCCUCUGCCUUUGAGAGGAAAUGUCGAGGUUAUGUGGUAACCCGGGAAUACGGACACUGGACAGACAGGGCUGUACGGGACAUGGCACUGCUUAAGGCCAAAUAUGUGACGUAG